CCCCCCCCCCCCAACCCCCAAAAUGGGGCCAAAAAUGGUGAAAAUGGACAUUUUGACCCCGGAAAUGUCCAAUUUGGGGCUAAAAACGGCGAUUUUGGGGGCGAAGACAUGAUGAUGGGGGUGAAAAAGCCACAGAGGGGACCCGAAAGCACCGGAUUUGAGCCCAAAACUGAGGGCAGGGGCCCCCCCCCCCGUGUCUGUGUGUCCGUCAGUCAGAGCCGGGUGACACAGGACGACGGCGCCAGGCCUUACAGGUGUCCGGGGCCCCCCAUGGACUUGGUGGCGUUGGGGGGGCCCGAAGGGGUCCCCCCCUUUGGAGAUGAGGCCGGAGCCUUCCUGGGGCUGGGGGGGGCUGAAGGGCUGGAGGCAGGGGGGCUGCUGGCCCCAUAUCCCCCCCCAGGCCGCCUGUCGCUGGUGCCCUGGGCCGAGGGGGGGUCAUUGGGGGGCCCCCCCUGGGCUGCCCCCCCCCCGGAGCCCCCCCGGUUCCUGGAGCUGCUGCAGCCCCCCCGGGGCAGCCCCCCCCCGCCGGGGCCCCUCCUGCCCCCCAGCGCCCCCCAGCCCUGCGAGGCGCGGGAGUGCGUGAACUGCGGAGCGACGGCGACGCCGCUUUGGCGGCGGGACGGGACCGGCCAUUACCUCUGCAACGCCUGCGGGCUGUACCACCGCCUCAACGGGCACAACCGGCCCCUCAUCCGCCCCAAGAAGCGCCUGCUGGUGAGUAAACGCGCCGGCACCGUCUGCAGCAACUGCCAGACCAGCACCACCACCCUCUGGCGCCGCAGCCCCCGCGGAGACCCUGUCUGCAACGCCUGUGGUCUCUACUACAAACUGCACCGGGUGAACCGGCCCCUAGCCAUGCGCAAGGACGGGAUCCAGACCAGGAACCGCAAAGUCUCGGCCAAGGGGAAGAAACGGCGUCAAGGGGGGGGCAGCAGCACCGGGGGGUUGGGGGCAGAGGCCAUGGGGGGGCCCCCCCUGCCCCCUCCGGCUCCCCCACAGCCCCCCCCUGAGGACCCAGCUGCUCUCUACGCCCUCGGCCCCCUCGUGCUCUCCGGACACCUCCUGCCAUUUCCCCACACCAGCCCCUUUCUGGGGGGCCCCGAGGGUAGUUACGUGCCCCCCCCAACCUCUGCAGCAGCCCCCCCCAGCCUCAGCCCCCAGCUCUAACUGGGGAGGGGGUGGGGCCUCCAUUACAGUUUGGUAUCACAAACGGA